AUGUCUCUCUCAAAGACCGCAUCUCUCCUCCUAGCCUCCGCCGCGCUGGUCGCCGGCCACGGCUACGUUAGCAGUAUCGAUGUCGCCGGCACCACAUACGCCGGCUACCUCGUCGACAUCGACUACUACGAGACCGACCCCCCAGAGCUGAUCGCCUGGUCCACCAACGCCACCGACGACGGCUACGUCUCUCCCACCGACUACGCCUCCUCAAACAUCGUUUGCCACAAGGGUUCCGCACCAGGUGCACUCUCCGCCCCCAUCGCCCCAGGUGGCUCCGUCACCUUAACCUGGAGCACCUGGCCCGACGACCACCACGGUCCCGUAAUCACCUACCUAGCCAACUGCAACGGCUCCUGCACCGACGUCGAAAAGGUCGAUCUGCAAUUCUUCAAGAUCGACGCCGGCGGUCUGAUCAACGACACCGUCGCGCCUGGUACCUGGGCCUCUGACGAGCUGAUCGCCGAUAGCUACAGCCGCACUCUUACCAUCCCCACCGAUAUCGCUGCCGGCGAAUACGUCCUGCGCCACGAGAUUAUUGCCCUGCACGGCGCCGAGGAUCUGGACGGCGCCCAGAACUACCCGCAAUGCAUCAACCUGAACGUCACUGGUAGCGGCACGGCCACGCCUAGCGGCACUUUGGGCGAGGAUCUGUACAAGGACACCGACCCCGGUAUCUACGUCGAUAUCUGGAACGUUCUCAGCACUUACGUUAUCCCCGGCCCUACUCUGUACACCGCUGGUAGUACCGCCACUGCUACCGCCGCUGCCGCCGCCACGACCACCGCUACUACCGCUGCUGUGACCACCGCUGCAUCCGCCUCUUCCGCCGCGGCGGAAGCAGCUACUACCGAAGCCGCUACUACUAGCGUUGCUGCCGAGGCCGCUACUACCAGCGUCGCUGCUCAGGCCGAGACUACUCAGGCUCCUUCCUCGUCCUCUUCUUCGCAGACUGCCGUGACCACUGCCCCUACUAUGGGCGGUAGCCCUUCCAGCGGCGGCCACUCCGGCAAUGGCUCAUCUGGCGGCGGCCGCUCCGGCGAGAGCUCAUCUGAGGAGGCCCAAGCUUCCACUACCACCUCUGUCGCUUCUGCGUCCUCCACCACCUCCAGCUCGGCCAGCACGACCUCCGGUGUCCUUAGCGGCUCCUGCACUGAUGAAGGCUACUGGUACUGCGACGCAGGCUCGGCUUUCCAGCGCUGUGUUGAUGGAGAGUGGGAUGCUUCGCAGAGUGUUGCUGAUGGUACUGUUUGUACCGCGGGUAUCUCGGACACUUUGACUGUUGCUCUUGCUUCUCGGAAGCGGAGCACCGGGCAUGCCCGUCGCAAUGAGGCGCGAGGCAUCCGGGUUUAA